UCCCAAAGGUCACCAUACAGAUAGUCUGCACAGAUGCCGUUGCUUUUCAGUUGUAUCUGCAACAGAGGUCAGUGUCUGGCUGACGACGAGACCGGUAAACGGCGCGGACUGCUCGAGCGUCCAGCUGCGCUUCCCAUACCGCGUGAUGAGCGACGUGGCUCUCUCGCGCUGGCAUACCUUUCGUCUUGCGUAUCAAAACACAGGCGGAACAGCAGCCGGAGCUCCGUCCCCGUGCCAAAAACAGACGUGCCAGUCCGGCGAAGUGUACAUUGAUCUGGUUUUUGCAUCUGACAGUGCGAUAUUCCGGGGGGGUGAUAAAGUCUUACUGCAUUUUUCCAUUAAUCUGAUGUGGACGGUUUAAAGUGCCUAGUUGAAGUGUCUCAUUAAUUGGACUCGGUGGUAAAACAUAAAGAUUAACAUUCUUAAGGAGGGAUGGCAGAAGGGGGAUUUGACCCCUGUGAGUGCAUCUGUUCUCAGGAACAUGCAAUGAGAAGACUCAUCAACCUGCUGAGGCAGUCCCAGUCUUACUGCACGGACACAGAGUGCCUUCAAGAAUUGCCAGAUCCUGGUGCACCAGCAGGGGGUGAUCUGACUUUAACUAUGAUUAUUAUGGGCUGGAUGAUAUUGGCUUUCCUGCUGUUCCUGCUGCGCCCAUCUAGCCUGAGGGACCCCAGGGCCUCCAGCAAACCCACAAUCCCCCCUACCAAUCAUGGAAGGGACCCUCCAGCACCUCCAGUGGAUUAGUGUUAAAAACAGGCCUCCCGAGUUCUAAGCAUGGGCAAGAACGUUCACCUAUGACCUGAGCUUUUGACCUGGCAGCCACCUAAUCAGCUGCUCUUACCGGUUACUGUUUUUGUGUUGACUAAUCUUUCCUUUUUUUCCGGUUGCUCCAAUUUUUGUAUUCACUUGGAUUAUGCAGUAAAGGUUGGAGAAGGAAAGGGAGAGAGAUGAAGAGAAGAGUAGUAGUGAAGUGGAAGUCUGCAUUUUAAGAUUUAGAUUCUGACUGGAGUGACCUGUCCUUUCAACAAACUAAGAGCAACUUUAAAAUUGUAGAAACAUUUUAAAAGAGAGCUAUUACAAAUGUGCUAACAGCAGCCAUCAGUACAUCGUGGUUAUUCCUAAAAGAGCAUGACUCAUUACGAGUAUGGUACGUUUAAUGUGCAAGUUGGAAAUGCUGGAUGGAGGUUGUAGCACAUUCCGCAAAAGCUGUGUCAUCCUAGAUGCUUCAGAUGUCAUUUGUAAAUACACAGAAGGGGCUGUAAUUCUGGUGCCAUGUGAUUCUCAAACACAAUUUUAACUUUCUAAGGAUGACUGUAGUUGAUGGAAACAAAGACUUGAUUUUUUUUUCAAUAACCUCACCUGUGUGGAUCCUGUAAGCGCUGUAUUGACUCUAAGUAUGAGAACAUGUUGAUUUAGUGAGCUGUCUUGUUGGGCAAGAAUAAAUGACUUAGCUUUGGGUCAUUGUUAUGGGAUGUGGCUUCCACUGAGGACAAGACUAGGAAUUUAUGAGGUUCUUAUAAUGAGGAACUGGGGGAAUUUAGAAUUUAAUUCUAGGCCCAAUUAUGGUGGUUGGUUAUCUCCCAAACUUGUGAUAAUGAAAAUGUAAAAAAAAAAAAAAAACUACUUUUAAAAUUCUUUGGAGAUUGUUGAAGCUACAGGGUUUUUUUUGUGGUAGCAAUCUACCACAAACAGCAUCUUAUUUUUAAUAUAAAAAUUGACCAAUUCUGAGAGGUCUUGUGCCACUAUAGUUUCACUGGCUAUAGAAUGUUCUCUGUUUGACUGCAAAGAGAGGAAACUUGUUAGCAUUCCACAACUACUACUACUUUCCUGCACUGAGUGCCACUGCUAAACUAUCUUUGUUUACUGAGUCAUUCAAUUGCACAUGAUUUGUCAUUCAUAUCAAUUUACUGAUGAGUAGCCAUAGGAACUGUUGCUAUUGACCAUAAACGGUUUGCAUAAUAGUUUUUUUCCAGCAAAUACUUUAUUAAAAUGAUUGCUUAUCAACAUUAAAAUCACACAUAGAACAACUAGUCCUCUGAUUCUUUUGGCUGGACACAUUCCAUUGGGGAAAUUGUUGAAAUCAAGUCCAAAGCACUUAUGCAUUUGAAAAUGGAAAUCUGACAGUAUAGCCUAUUCCAGCAUGUUGUUGUGUAUUUUAUGCUUAAUGAGAACAUUUUUAAAUAAGAGUAGGCCUUAAUAUCAUGUUUGAUUUUUGGAUUGCCACAAUACUUUCCAACCAUUUGUCAACUUUGAAACCACAGAAAUAAAAUCAAUAAAACCUGACAGACAAAGAACAUCUAGUAUGUAAAAGUUGAUUUAUUAGGGUUUUUGAAUGCUUAAAUGCCCCAUUCAUCCUUGUUUAAAUCUGCAAAGGAGUUGUUUCUCAGUACUAAAGAUAUCAGUGAGAUUGUGCAGGAUUAUAAAUGAGAAACAAUUUUAAAAAGGUGUGUUGAAAAAUGGCAAACCUAUGCUUUAAUUUGCUCUUGUAGAGUUGAAAGGUUUUGCUCUUUCCUGUUUAAGAGUGUGUUACUUAGCUAAAAUAUAUUUGUUACUGAAAAGUAAUGAAAAAGAUUGUAAAGGUUGCUUUCAGAUUUGCAUUUUCAGGCUUUUACAUUGAAAGACCACUGACUACAUGUAAACGUCAAUUUUCAUCACUUGUGUAGCAUAAACUCAGUAGCAUGUAUUAGGAUAGAACUCUGUUAUGAACACUUAAAAUCAAGAGAGACUUGCAUAUGUACUAGAAUAGUAAUUUCAGUCUGUGCUGUAAUGUUGCAUAAUAUUGGAUUAUAUUUUUAAAUCCUUUCCAGAAUAGGCCAUAAUGUUUUGUAACCAACUACCUGAUACUAGCCCAAGUCUGAUCACAAGGUUUGAGCAUAUAUUAAAGGUGAAAAGUUGGGCAUAGAUAAUUUUUCUGUUUUUUUAAUGUAACAUUUUUCUCUGAAUUACUAGUAUAUGCAAAAGUGGACGCAUUGAUUUUCAGGAUUUUAGUUGAUUGGCUAAUUGGUGACUUUUUGCGGGGGGCGGGGUCUGGGCGUGCCUUUCACGAUACUUAAGCCUGCAUAAUACUCUCGGAGGCACCGCCUACUAUGUAGAGACACUGUUUCACUGAGUGCUCAAAGGGCUCCUACUAUGCACUUUUCGCUACUGCAAAUAAAUAUAAUAAAUCUU